AUGGAUGACCGGAUGGAUCACAAAAUGGACGAAGCGGAGGCAGACACUCAACCCCCUCCUCCCGACAGCACUCAAAGCGUUCCCCUCGAGAAAAGAAUAGCUUUCGAGAAACCAAAUCCCGUCCCUGAUGCCAAACGAAUCAAGACCUCAGCUACAACAUGGAGGUUUGCUUUCCCAGAGAAGCCUGCAGUUUUAGAAGAACGAAAUGGGGAGAUCGAAUUUCGGGUUGUCAACAAUGAUGGUUCUCGCGACAGUACAGUUAUCCUUACAGGUCUCAAAUGCCUGUUUCAAAAACAACUGCCAAAGAUGCCCAAAGAUUACAUAGCACGUCUCGUCUACGAUCGUACCCAUUUGUCUAUCGCCAUAGUGAAAAUGCCUCUGGAGGUUAUUGGAGGAAUAACGUUUCGGGGAUUUCGGGACCGCAAGUUUGCCGAAAUUGUUUUUUGCGCGGUCUCAUCUGACCAGCAGGUGAAGGGCUAUGGAGCACAUCUGAUGGCCCAUCUAAAGGAUUAUGUCAAAGCUACUUCGCCUGUCAUGCAUUUCCUAACUUACGCCGAUAAUUACGCCACGGGAUAUUUCCAAAAACAAGGUUUUACCAAAGAUAUUAGUCUUGACAAGUCUAUCUGGAUGGGGUAUAUCAAGGAUUACGAAGGGGGUACACUUAUGCAGUGCUCCAUGGUCCCUCGAAUACGGUAUCUUGAAGUUGGCCGUAUGCUCCUUAAGCAAAAGGCAAGUGUUCUAGCUAAAAUGCGUGUCUUGAGCAACAACCACAUUAUCCAUCCACCACCUCCGCAAUGGGCCAACGUCGACAAAGACGAGGUUCCCGAUUAUUACAAUGUCAUUACAUCACCAAUGGACCUGUCGACUAUAGAAGAAAAGUUGGAGCGUGAUGAUUAUGCUGCACCAAAAGAACUUGUCCACGACGUUAGGUUGAUUUUUAGUAAUUGUCGGCAGUAUAAUGACGCAACGACUGUGUAUGCCAAGUGUGCAGUCAAGCUGGAGAAGUACAUGUGGAGUCUUAUUAAAGAGAUUCCAGAGUGGUAUGAGUUACUCGAAGAUGCAUGA